GUUUAGCAAACGUAAAUAAAAAGUGCGCAUAUAAUAUAUUGUACUUGCGCAACCGUAAUUCCUCGAACACAUUGCGGGAAAAAGAAAUAAGAAGCUGGAUAUCAAUAAACUUGUAUAUCAGCGAUGAAAUACAAGGUUACGGUCGAAACUGGAGAUCUGAUUGGUGCUGGCACCCACGCAUCUGUUUCAAUUCAGCUUAUAGGCAAAAAUGGAGCAGAGACAAAGAGAUUUCCAUUGCACAAAUAUUUCGACAACAAUUUCAAGAAAGGUGAAACUAAUACGUAUGAUGUUGAAGGCGAUGACGUUGGUGAUAUUGCAAUGAUCUCUUUAAGUAAGCAUGAUUUACUCCUAAAGAAUGAUUGGUAUAUGGCUAAAAUCGUCAUAGAGAAGGCUAAUGAUGAAAGCAGCAAGUAUACAUUCCCUUGUUAUCGCUGGAUUAUUAAACACAUGGUAGUUUUCGAAGGAAAAGCGAUAUUACCUAAUUCAAAGGAGAAUGUAACAGUUUUGGCAGAACAACGUAAAAAAGAAGUAAGUGGAAACAGGGAGUUGUACAAGUGGAGCUCAGGCACUCAGGAUCUUCCUGGAUACAUCGAUGCUAAAGACCCAUCGUCGCUACCCAAGGACGUGCAGUUCACCGAGGAAGCCACGCUAUCUCUUUUCAGUGUUGGCUUGGCGGAAUUUACGAACAUUGGGUUGAGCCGCCUGUUUGAGCUUUUGGAUUCCUGGGAUAGCCUUGAUGAUUUUAGAAGCCUCAUCACUCCAGCCAUUCAGACCCCUCUUCCAGAUGCUGCGGAGUAUUGGAGAGAUGACGUCUGGUUCGGGUCACAAUUCUUAAAUGCCUCAAACCCAGAAGUGAUCAGAAAAUGUGAAAAGCUGCCUCUAAAUUUUCCUGUAAAAAAUGAAAUGGUCAACAAUCUCCUGGAUCGGGGUUAUGAUUUGAAGAAAGCUAUCAAGCAAGGCCUGAUUUUCAUCGUUGACUACGAAAUUCUUGAAGGCAUCAGCACAAUGAACAAACCAAAAGAUAAACGCUACAUAACCGCAGCUAUGGGGCUUUUCUAUCUGAGAAAUAACGAUGAUAUGGUGCCUAUUGCCAUUCAACUGGGACAGCAACCUGGAAAAGACAAUCCAAUUUGGACACCACAGCAAGAUUCUGAGUGGGAUUGGAUUAUGGCAAAACUGUGGCUUCGAUGUGCCGACACACAGUAUCAUCAGAUGAUUACACAUCUUCUUCGGUGUCACUUAAUGAUGGAACCAACUGCUGUGUCUUCUUGGCGAAAUUUGCCCUCUGUUCAUCCGAUAUGGAAACUUUUGUACCCCCACACGAAGGGUAUUAUGGCCAUCAAUACGCUUGGGCGAAACAAGUUGAUCUCACCAGGAGGCAUCGCAGAUAAAGUGCUGAGUAUAGGAGGUGGUGGUCAUAUUGCUUUGAUGCAGAAGCACUACAGAAGCAUUACAUUUGAAAGUUAUGAUCUAAAGAAGAACCUCACUGAACGGGGUGUUAAAGAUCUUAGGAAGUUUCACUACAAAAACGAUGCUUUACUUCUUUGGGAUGCCAUCCAUCAAUUUGUACAAGAUGUCAUAUAUAUUUACUACCAAGAUGAUAAAUCUGUUAAAAAGGAUAACGAGAUUCAAGACAGGAUUCGUGAUCUUCAUGAGAACGGAUACCGUUUUGGAAGUACUAAUGUUGAUAAGAAAGUCCCAAAAUCUUUCAGCAAGCGUGGAGAGCUGAUCCAUUUUCUAUGUAUCAUAAUAUUUACCUGCUCUUGUCAACAUGCUGCUGUUAAUUUUUCGCAAAUGGCAACUUACGGUUUCCAUCCCAAUUCUCCAAGUUUGAUGAGACAACCACCGCCUACCACAAAAGGAAAGGUCGACAUGAAUAUGAUCAUGUCCUCAUUGGCAAAUAAACACCAAGCGGGUGUGGUGGUUUCCGUUGUGAAUGCCUUAACUACGAUUUAUCCCACAGAGAAAUUUCUUGGCGACUUCUCUGACAGUUUGUUUGGUGAUGCCUCGGCACAGGCUGCCAUUGCGAAAUUCCAAAGUGAGCUUGACAAAAUUACGCAAAAGAUUCACGAGAGAAACAGUGGUAUGAUCAGUCCUUAUACAUGGCUUCUGCCUGGUCGAGUUCCAAACAGCAUCGCUAUAUAAAUGGCAAGAACUAUACCCACCUAUCAUUUCU